UCGUUGUCGUACAAACGUGGCUGCACACAACUGCACCAAGGCAGACCUAGCAUUUCGCCCUGGCAAGAAGGCAAGGAUACGAUGACCAACUACUUGGAUCUCGGGGCGCUCGUAUUAGACAAUGGGUCCGGUAUGUGCAAGGCCGGGUUUGCAGGGGAUGACGCCCCACGGGCCGUGUUUGCUUCUGUUGUUGGGAGACCCAGACAUAAGGGCGUUAUGGUGGGGAUGGGUCAAAGAGACUGCUAUGUGGGUGACGAGGCUCAGUCCAAACGUGGAAUCCUCACUCUGAAGUACCCCAUAGAGCACGGCAUCGUCACCAACUGGGACGACAUGGAGAAGAUCUGGCACCACACCUUUUACAACGAGCUGCGAGUGGCGCCCGAGCAACACCCAAUCCUAGUAACCGAGGCACCACUCAAUCCAAAAGCCAAUCGGGAAAAGAUGGCACAGAUAAUGUUCGAAGGCUUUAGCAUCCCCGCCUUCUUUGUAUCAGUCCAGGCCGUUCUGUCCUUGUAUGCUUCUGGUAGAACCACGGGCAUUGUCCUGGAUUCCGGGGACGGUGUGACCCAUGCGGUGCCAAUAUACGAGGGGUACUCAAUGCCUCACGCCAUAUUGAGGAUUGAUCUAGCGGGAAGGGACCUCACAGACUACCUUGUAAAGAUCUUGUCAGAGCGAGGGUAUUCCUUCACCACAACUGCCGAGCGAGAGAUCGUUCGCGAUAUAAAGGAAAGAUUAUGUUUCGUUACCAAUGACUUUGAUAGAGACUUUAAAACGUGUACGUCAAGCUCAGAUAUGGAAAGGACCUACGAGUUGCCGGACGGCCAGGUUAUCCGUAUUGACAACGAGAGGUUCAGAUGCCCCGAACCGCUCUUUCAGCCAGCCUUGAUUGGGAUGGAGACACCCGGUGUUCAUGAGUAUAUCUAUAACUCAAUUCAGAAAUGUGACGUUGAUAUCAGGAAGGAUCUCUACUGCAACAUAGUAAUUUCAGGGGGCUCGACUAUGUUCCCGGGGAUCACUUCCAGGAUCACGCGAGAGGUCGCCGAGCUGGCCCCACCAGUCAUCAGGGUCAAGGUCAUUGCUCAGCCGGAACGGAAGUACGCUGUUUGGAUCGGGGGUUCAAUCCUUGCAUCGUUGUCCACCUUCCAACAAAUGUGGAUCAGCAAGCAGGAUUACAUCGACUGCGGACCAAAUAUAAUUCAUAGGAAAUGUUUUUGAAGAAUCUGUGUUGACACACUAUAGCUUCCGUAGUACAUAUGUUAGAAUUAUUUAUAAAUGUUGGCUAAUUAUGUCCCGCCCAUACACGUGGCUACUCAAUUCUUAGAUUGUAUUGGAGUCCGCUGUCUUCUGUGUUAUGGGCGGUGGGGUAGCCUAGUGGUUAGAGCGUUCGCUCGUCACGCCAAGGACCCGGGUUCGAUUCCCAAAUGGGGUACAAUGUGUGAAGCCCAUUUCGGGUGUUCCCUGUCGUGAUAUUGCUGGAAUUUUGCUAAAAGCGGCGUAGAACAUCACUCACUCAUUCACUCUCCUGUGUUGUGGUAACCAAGUGCAAGGUUUAAGAGUAUGCGUCAUGCCGAAUGGGACGACUGCGUGCGUGGCCCGACUUCUCACAUUGGCGUUAGUUUCAUUGUGUAAAGACCCUGCCUGGAGGAUACCUUGCUGUGAUAGUCGUAUUCUGCAAAAGCGGCGGUACUCCAAUUUUCCUCUUUACUACUUACACGUAAAGUAAGCGUGACAAUGACCAUUUGGCAGAUUAAAUGUAAGUCAACAGUUUGUUAGUAUAGACAUAGUGUUAGGUAAAGAGCUUCUGAUUGAGUUGAUAUGACGACAGUAUCAUGCUAAAUGAAACUGACUGAUGAAGACAGGAUCAAAGAGCUCGAGCUCGGCGUCUUGAUAAGGCAUCGACAUGCUGUGAUGGAGAUUCAAGCCACCCACUCACUCGUUUGUUUGUUUGUUUAUUUGUUGUUUAACGCCGCACUCAGCAAUAUUCCAGCUAUAUGACGGCGGUCUGGAAGUAGUCGAGUCUGAACCAG